UUAUAGUCAUAUGUAUAUAGUAUAUAUGCAUAUAAUGCUUUUAACAUUUUAAUUAUUUUUUUUAUAUUUAGGUACCGUCAUUUCUCGAUACUGAUGCAGAUAUUGACAAAACUGUGCGAACAUGCGUAGAUUAUCUGUUGAGCCUACAAACAACGACCGGCAAUUUUCCAUGCUCUAUGGAUGAAGUAGAUCGUUCUGGACGAAGCCUUAGAGAUACUGACGAUGAGUUGGUACAUUGGUGUCACGGUGCUCCUGGCGUUAUUUACAUGAUGGCGGCAGCAUAUUUGCGCUGGAAAGACCAACGUUAUUUAGACUCAUGCAAACGCGCGGGUGAUCUCGUUUGGCGCAAAGGUCUUUUGCGUAAAGGUCCUGGAAUUUGUCACGGAGUAGCGGGCAAUGGCUACGUUUUUCUCCUUCUAUACAGGCUCGUUGGUGAUAAGCGUUAUCUUUAUCGCGCCGCUAAAUUUGCGGAUUUUAUGAAUUUGCCUCAGUUUCAAGUUGAUGCUCGUAUUCCUGAUUCGCCAUAUUCACUUUAUGAAGGCAUUGCCGGUACCGCCUGCUUUCUCGCUGAUCUUAUUGAACCAGACAAAGCCCACUUUCCCUUUCAAGAUGUAUUCUAAAAUCUGAAUGAUGGAAGAACAAUCUUUGUUUUUAUUACGCUAAGCAUACUACUUAAAUUUAUAAAAUACAAAUUAAAAAAAAUUUAUGUUAAAUUAUAAUACUUUUAUUUAAAACUUGUUAGACCUCUUAUUUCUGUGAUGAGUAUUAUAACAUCGAAAUGAUUAUAAUAUCAAUCAAUUGUAAAAGAAAAUUGUAUAUAAUCAACGUAAUUUUUACAAUUCUUUUCAAACUUUAGAAAAAUUUGUUUUAAUUUUUUAUUUAAUUUACACAUUUUAUUUUAUUUUGCAUUUUUGUGGCAAUCUCAAGAUCGAGAUGAAAACAAGAUUAUAUUUGUUCAAUUAUAUUUGUUGCUAAAAAUAAGUAAAAAUAUACAGUACUAAAUUGUUUUUUACUUUGUAUCAAAUUUUAAAAAAUUCUAUUCAUGUAUAUUCUAGCUAUAACAUGUAUAAUAUUGUUACGCUCGCGCUUACUAUUGCACUCGCGCCUGCGGCAAAGACGGUGACACUCGCGAGCUCGCGCGGAAAAGAACACACUCGUUUACAAAAAAACUGUAACGUUUAUUAACACUUAAUACAUCAAAGCGUAAAUGUCAAACUCGCGCCAAUCUCAGAGUCCCGCCAAACAACACGUUGCUAAGGGAGCAACUCUCCCUUGUCCGCUUCCGCAGACGAUUUCGGUCGGCGCAACUUAUGCUCGGCCGACACCGGGAAGCACGGGCGUAAUAAUAUGGUACACAUCAUGAAUUCGCUGUUCUGUUUUAAUAUAAGAAUUUCCUAUGUUGUUUACCAUUAAGAAUUAUUAAUUAUCUUUUGCAUAUAUAUCGAACUAUAUUCAAAUUGCAUGAAACUUUGCACUGAAAGUUUUGUGAGGAAAUAUAAAAAAAAUAUUUCCAGAAAUUUCGGGUAAACAAAUUUUGCUGAAAUUUUGUGGAUGUUUUGUUUUUACUAAAAUAGUAUUUUAGUAAAAUUGCUAAAAAUUCACUGAAAGUGAUUUUUUCAGCAAAAAUAGUGAAAAGUCGCUGAAAUUGAAUUGAAAUUUCUUCACAAAUGUUGCCAACAGUUUCUCUAAAAAUUUACUGAAAUUUUUUCGAAAAUACAUUGCAUUUUUCUGAAA